GAGCGAGUGUGCAGACAUGAGUAGAUUGAACGAACAUGCCCUCUCGUGUGGCGCGAGAGAACCUUGUGCUUGGAUAUCAGCAUGGCUUGAGAUGAUGCGGACACAUUUACUCGUGCGAUGAGGCAGAAUUGACCAUGAUACAUGCUAUCGAAUGGCUGCUGGCUCAGACAAAAGGCCGCAAAUAUCUAUGAAGGCCGUGGAGGAGAGCUGAUCUAACAAGACUCAAUAAGGACGCUGGCUUAGGAGCACGUGGUUGUGAUCUUUAGGUUUUCUGAAAAGCACCUUCACUGUGUGCACACUGGCAAUAUAUUGCCGUGAAGACGUUUAGAGACGAAGCCGAUGAUGGAAUGUGACUUCGAUGGCAAGCUGAUCAUGUCGAAGGGCCAAUCGGAUGGAAGGUGCAUGUUCGGUGUUUGUGCACCAGAGCAAUACCUACCUCUUUGGCGGGCCUGCAGGCGUGAAGACGUGCGCUAUAGUGUUGCACUGGUUGCUUCGAUGGACGGGGAACCAGUAAGACGGCGAUUGUGUCUCAAAAGCAAACAAUGGAAGCACAAGCCUGUCACGGAGCAGCAAGUAGUACAAACUACCUGGAUUUUGCGUGCCAUUGAGUCGUACGCAGUUAGACUCUAGGUGCUGCUGAAAGGCAACUACAAAUACGAAAGCCAGGAACGAACAUCACGACCGUCACCGCCAUGACGGGAGUGGCGAAGGCACGGUCGCAGACGCGACAAGCUGGCCGAAUCUUCAUCGAUUCCAGUGGCAGGACAUAUCCAAUCUCAAGUUACCAUCACACUAGCUCUCACAAAACACCUGCCUUAACGGCAACCGAUAUUCAAGCAAGGAUACAUCGCAAAACAAGUAUAUUGAAGCACAAUCAGACCUCAUCCAAGCAAAGCUCUGAUGGAAACGGCCACAUUGCGUCCAUUUCUAGUCCUGCGACUAUGGCAUUGAGUCGCAUUGGCAGCCCAGAUCCCCAGAUUGAAUCCUCAAGAACAGCUGGUACGAAACAACAGGCCCAGGUCUCAGUGGCAAACGCUUCAUUCGAACUCGACUCUCCUCGGGCUGCGACUCCGCCUCCCGAAUCUAGCGCCUACCCUGGCUUGAGUCACAGCAUCUCUGGUCCAGUCACAGGAGGCAAGAACCGCGGAGUGAUCUCGCGCUCGCCUGCUGUUUCUCAUGCGGAUAAACCCGCGCCGUCUUUGUAUGCGUGGCCGAACACCGAUAACGCUUCAAUGCACAGCGACCAGGAUUUCGAUUUGGGAUACAAGGGGAAGCCUGCCAAGCCUUUCUGUCACAAGAUGCAUACCCGGGUGUGGAGCUCGGUAUACACCAGGGCAGCGGAAGAUUAUGUCCGGGAACUCCUAGAGGUGAGGUACCCUGUGAGAGCGGAGACGGGCAACGAAGAGAGGUCGGCUUUGUUGGGUGGAUGGAGAUGGGGUCUGAGAAGUCUCUGGAUGAGGAACCUCUGAUUGUUACUGGAUGGAGAUGCUUGUACGGACAAAUCAGCUGGCCAUUCAUGAGGCUGCGAAGGUCGGGGAACAAUUCGGCGUUGACACUGAGCAUAUAUAUCGCGUACUAGGUACAGUGUCUCUGUCCUUUUCAUGCUCAUGCCUUGUGCAGAGAGUCAC